CAACAUCGGAGAGGUCGAGGCGGUCGCCGGACCGUCAGGGUUGACUCAAGAAAGAGAGAUUGCUGGCCACGGCUCGUCCACUUCGUACAAGAUAUAGACCAACCAGAUAAAGUCACGAUUCUUGCCACUUAGAUCGGACGUGGCCAAAUUCCCCUAUUCUGCGAAACGCGCAUCCCGGCGUCCAGUCACUCGCAGCACACCGGUCAUCUCCCCAACCCACCAGGAAAGUCUCGACACCGCCAUAGCCAUUGCUCUAUUUGGACGAAACAUCACCGUCGUUUAUAGUGGAGGAAGAGGUGCCUCUCGCUAGCUCGGUCGUAUCAAGUUUCCCUCCAUCCGAGUGCUUGUCGAAUUCCGAACACUUGAAUUGCUCGAUCGAGUCAAUAUAAACGAAUCUCGCUAUGUCGAUUUUGUAUCUCCUGAUUUCUAGGGUUUUUUCUCUUUUUCUCGUCUGCUCGGUCUUCCUCAGCUGCUUUCCAGGAUUGGUGUUGCCAGCAAUUGUUACACUUGAAUCCCUGGAGAUAUAUAAUACCCACCAGUGGCUGCCAAACACAAAACCAGUAGUCUAUAUCCAGUGUAAAGGGGAGAACAAGACGGUGUUACCCGAUGUGAAAGAAGACCAUGUCUUCUACAAUUUCAAGGGUGAAGAGUCUUGGCAGCCUUUGACAGAACUUCCAAGUAAAAGGUGCAAGCGAUGUGGGUUUUAUGAAGAGAAUAGUUUCGUGUCAGAUGAUGUCUAUGAAGAGUGGGAGUUUUGUCCUAGUGAUUUUACCGAGCCUGAUGGGAAAUAUAUACGGUUCAAGGAGAAGGAAUUUAAUGCUACUUUUUUAUGUCCGAAGUGUGUUCCUUCAGCCAAUGGUAGAGCCUCUCUGGAUGCAAUGGCCGGGGCUUGUCGGUUUCCUUCCACCCUCAUGUCUGGCACAGAUUUAAAAAACUUCCAAUUCUGCAUCUAGCUCUCAAGAUAGAGGAAAGGGAAUGCAUGCUGCUCUAAUCAUAUUGAUUAGUGUUGUGGUUUCAACCGUAUUGGUUCUUGGAGUGGUAGCUGUAUAUAAAUACUGGCAAAAGAAGAAGAGGGAACAAGAUCAAGCUCGGUUUCUGAAGUUGUUUGAAGAUGGGGAUGACAUUGAGGAUGAACUGGGUCUAGGCAAUGUAAUAUGAGGAAUGAAAUAUCACCUGCUUACCUUUUAUACAGAGAAAUGAUCUUAGAAAAGUACUGUUUGUCGAAAGAAAAAACUUAAAUUUUGAACUUAUCGUGCAAUGGUGUACAUGCGAGAAGCAGUCCUCAUAAAGUGAAGUGGUGUCCCAUUGAUGCAAUCCUAUAUUCAUCCGAGGCCAAAUUGCUAUGUGUAACUUAACUUUGUAAAAUUAUACUUUUCUCCUAAGAUGGAAUAAUGGUUAGUGAGAA